AUGGCUCCUAACUACCAUGGGAAUAGGGUAAAGACGCGCCUUGAGAGCGGAAGCGGCAUGUCCUUUACCGAAUUUUGUUACCCGAUAAUGCAAGCAUGGGAUUGGUGGCACCUUUAUCAGAAAGGAGUUAUGAUUCAAGUCGGAGGCUCUGACCAGUCUGGCAACAUUCAAUUCGGAAUUGAUACCAUUAAGCAAGUCUUGAAAACCUCGCCGAUCGAAACUAAGCCAGGUGAAGACCCAGACUUAUCAAUGCCCUUUGGACUUACAGUACCAUUGCUCACUACAUCGACGGGGGAAAAGAUUGGCAAAUCUGCUGGUAAUUCGAUAUGGCUCGACAAGGAUAUGACGUCAACUUAUGACCUUUACCAGUACUUCAUGCGUCAACCUGAUCAAGACAUGGAGCGGCUACUAAAUAUGUUUACGUUUCUCCCAACCUCCCGCAUCCCCGAAAUAAUCGAGGAGCAUAACAAGGCCCCCUCCCGUCGGGUUGCUCAACACACUCUUGCGCAAGAAUUUGUGGAGCUUGUACAUGGCCCUAAGGAAGCAGAGGAAGCAUCAAAGGCCCAUAAAGCCAUAUUCCAACCUCAGGGCUCAGCAUCAACCAAGUCAGACUCCAAGUCAAUACCUUUAUUGCCCUCUGGAAUCCCGGAAUUUAUCAAUGCUGGUGUAAACAAAAAAGCCCCACAGAUGAAUGCUUUUACCGCACCCACGCAUCAUCUGGUUCUACCUCGCUCUCUGGUUGUCGGGCAAUACUUCCACAAGAUUCUCUACUCUGCUGGAAUGGUCUCCUCCAAACAGGAAGGGCAUCGAAUUAUUGUCAACAACGGAGCGUCCGUUGGCUGCAUGCCCAGUGGUGCGGAGCAAAUGGGUGAUGCAUUAAGUUAUGUCCCUCUCAGAACAUGGCCCGCUGACGUUACAGAAAAAUUCCUCAUUGAUGGGAGUCUGCUGAUUCUGCGAAUCGGUAAAUGGAGAGUUAAGAUUAUCAAAGUUAUCAGUGAUAAGGAAUUCGAAGAACAGGGCUUGACUGUACCGCAAUCAGAACCGGAGAAAGAGUCGAUAGCCGAACAGCAAAAAGAUCGAGAUCUUUUCGCGAAAAAACGUAGAAUUGCUGGGCGACAAGUCCAACGGCCUGGUAUAGCCGGAGGCUCUGCUGGCGGCCGGAAACCAAAGAUUGUUUCACUCCAGGAAUGGUCUGACCAAAAGGAGAGAGAGGAAGAAGCAGCACUGGCGAAGGAGAAGGAGCAACGACAGGCGUGGCCAUGA